AUGUGGACGCCAUUCGUUGUGGCCGUUGUUCUCGUCGCUGUUUCGAGGGUAGAAGGAAGACCAAAUCUUGACUUGCACGACGCACACGCAAUGUUUCCAAGGUCACUAAAAUCGUUCUGGCAUCUAAACAACCGUGGAUUAGCCAUGGAGCGUCUUUUCAACGGUCUUAACGUGAAACGACCACAGCGUGCCGUGGUGGCGGCCUCGGCGCACGGAAUAUCCCAGCCAAGUACGACGGCACCUUUGGCGCUUGGGACCUCGGCGGACGGAAGGCCAUGUGUUUGUCAUUACCUGUACCUCUCUACCACCUAUUGUUUUGGAGAUUGUGAUAAAUCUUGA